AUGUCCCUUCUCCAUCAUUACUCUCAUUUACAGCUCGAUUGCAUAUUGACAGUACUCCGUCUCAUCUCAGAAAUAUAUUGGCUUGCAUAUACCUGCGAUUCAACGAGCUACUGCCCCUUCCACUCCGCACACCCGAUUCGAUUACUCCAAACCCAACCUACACACAAAAGAACAGCAGAAACAAUCACAAUGGUCUUCUCCUUCUUCAGCUCGAGCCCCAAAGCUGCGAAUGCAGAACAAGCGCAAGUUACAACGCCGCCCAAACCCGCCGAAGCCGAUACACCGCCAACGGCGACCGCAACCCCAUCCCCAUCCACAACCCCCAAACCCGCCGACAAUGACCUCCCCAAACUCUGGACCCCACGAACAAACACCAAGCUCGCCCUCGGCGGCGCCCUCUUCUUCGCCUUCUCUGUCUUCACAACCCGUCGCGCAUUCCUCCGCCGCGUAAAAGCUACAACACCACCCUACUGGACCUCGACGCCGUUCUACAAACCGAAGGUGAACGGUGGUAUGGACGCCUUCGAGGCGUUGAAUCUGGCGACGCUAAAUGUGCUCUCAUUUGCUAUGAUGGCCACUGGGUCCGUUCUGUGGGCGUUGGAUAUCAAUGGGCUGGAGGAUAUGAGGCGGUAUGUGCGGACAAGGGCGGCGAGUGGGAUCUUCGGUGGGGAGGGCAACGAGUUGAGUGAGGCGGAUAAGGAGAUGGAGAAGGAGGUGGAAGAGUUUGUGGGGAGGUACUUGGGGAAGAGGGUUGAGGAUAACAAGUUGGUGGAUCUUCCUAAGGGUGGGAAGGAGUCAUCAUAG